UGGACUGGCCGCCUCUCACCCGUUAACCAUGAAACCAGCCCUCCCUCCCCCCGCCCUGCGACCAUGCACGGGUGAACGGGUAUGGAUGAUGGAUAGAUGGUUGCAUCUUUGCUCCAUCAGAUUGGGGCGCUUGAUGGGGGAGCGCUAACCCGUACCAAGAUGGCGAUGGUAUUGCCGCAACGUUCCGAUCAACAGCAGUAGGCAAGUUGACAUCGCCGGGUAUAUGCAUGGGUGCUUCUGUUUUAUUUACCGACAAUAUAGACAAAAACAAACAAACAAACGUCUCUCGGAGCCAUGCGAGUGUCAGGUUGACGUUUCAUUGACUUUUUUCUCUCUGUAAAAAAAAUCCCCCUCCGCAUGUGCUAGAAUUGAGAGCUGCAGCGUUUCCAGUAACGAGCGAAAAGCCUCGUUAUUCUAACAGCAGUGAGAUUUAGCUUCAAAAUGGGACUAAAUCUGGCGUCAUUGAAGGCAUAUAGAGUGAAGCCAUGGAAAGCCGACAUUGAAAAGACUGUCCAAUUCAGAAGAAUACUGAAGAAUGAAAUUGUGCAUUUUUUCACAUAUUUGGAUUCUAUAUUGCAGACAAGCAGAAGUAUUGAUCAACAGUGAAGUACCUAAGCAGCACUGGUUCAUCACUGCAAUAGAACUGUUCCGUCUGUGGCCGUGACAUUGCAUUAAUUGAUUGCAUUGGACUAAGCACACAGGUGCUGUGACGCAUCUCUUCAGUGCUGUUAUAAAUACAGAUGCAAUCGUCAGUUCUCUGAGGAAGAGACAAUAAUAUUCUGCAAAGAAAACGUGGUAAAUUUGAACUUUUUUUUUUUUUAUUUAGUCCCGUGCUGUUGGACAACACAGCAGAAGACAGAAGAACUUGGUUUUGAGCUUCUCAACAUGCCUCGCAAUCAAGCUUUUUCUGAACCAGAGUACUCUGUAGAGUACUCUGCAGACUGCUCUGUGACAUUGCCCUCUGAUCCUGGGCAGGCUGUUGGGCGAACACAUGAGGUUACAGUUCGAAAUUCUGGAUCCUGCCUCUGCCUGCCACGGUUUAUGCGCCUCACAUUUGCACCUGAGUCUUUGGAGAAUCUCUACCAGACCUAUUUCAGAAGACAGAGACAUGAAACACUUUUGGUGCUUGUUGUGUUUGCUGCUCUUUUUGAUAGUUACAUUCUCAUCAUGUGUGCAGUGGUUUACACCACAGAGAAGCUUGCUUCCGUUUCUGUGGCAUCUAUGGGAUUAGCAGGAGAUAUCAUUCUCUACCUGCUAUGCCGUUUUGGGCUGUUACCGGACCGAAUCUCCAGGCGUAUUGUGCCCUAUUCUCUCUGGGUCCUUAUUGCAGUGCAGAUAUUUUGUCACUUGGGUCUAAACUAUGCUCGGUUCCACCAGGCCAGUGACACAGUGGGUUGGCAGGCCUUCUUCAGCUUUUCUUUUUUCCUCACUCUCCCUUUGAGACUGACACCUAUUGUGCUUAUUACUACUGUAUCCUGUGGGGUCCACACGCUGGUUCUUGGAGUCACCAUCGCUCAGCAACAGCAGGAGAACAUCCAGGGGUCAACACUUGCCAGACAGCUGCUGGCCAACAUUAUGAUCUAUAUGUGCGCCAUCCUUGUGGGUGUCACCUCGUACUACAUGGCUGACCGGAAGCAUCGAAAGGCUUUUCUGGAGGCAAGACAGUCACUGGAGGUUAAACUUAACCUGGAGGAGCAAAGCCAGCAACAGGAACGUCUCCUACUCUCCAUUCUUCCGAAGCACAUUGCAGAUGAGAUGCUUAAAGAUAUGAAGAAGGAGCCUAGCCAAAAGGAAAUGCAACAGUUCAACACCAUGUACAUGUAUAGGCAUGAAAAUGUCAGUAUUUUGUUUGCAGACAUUGUGGGAUUCACGCAGCUUUCAUCAUCUUGCAGUGCCCAGGAGCUGGUGAAAUUGCUCAAUGAGCUCUUUGCACGCUUUGACAAGUUGGCUGCAAAAUAUCAUCAGCUGAGGAUCAAGAUUCUGGGAGACUGCUAUUACUGCAUCUGUGGACUUCCAGAAUACAGGGAGGACCAUGCUGCCUGUUCCAUCAAGAUGGGUCUGGCUAUGGUAGAUGCUAUCUCGUAUGUUCGAGAGAAAACUCAAACCAAUGUUGACAUGAGGGUUGGAGUGCACAGUGGGACAGUCCUUGGUGGAGUGCUGGGACAGAAGCGUUGGCAGUAUGAUGUUUGGUCAACAGACGUCACAGUAGCCAACAAAAUGGAAGCUGGAGGCAUUCCAGGUCGUGUUCACAUCUCACAAAGUACUAUGGAGUGUCUUCAUGGAGAAUUUGAUGUGGAGCCAGGAAAUGGAGGUGAUCGCUGUGACUACUUGAGGGAGAGAGGUAUUGAGACCUACCUCGUGGCUGUUCCUAAAGUUCAUCUGGGAAAAAGUGGAAUCAGUCCUGUGAAGCUUUCAGUAUCCUCUUCUAAUGGAAAUUCCCCACUAUUAAUCAACACAACAGACUGUAAUGGCAGUGUGGAGGCAACCUGCAACAAAGCACCUGAGGAACCAGAAGAGUUGGACACAAGGGUUGUGAAUCCCUCUUUCCCAAAUCCAAGGAGAAGGCUUCGGCUGCGGGAUCUGGCUGAAAGGGUGAUUGAUGCUCAAGAGAAUGAGCAAGAGCUCAACAAACUGCUUAAUGAGGCUUUGUUGGAGAGAGAGACAGUUCAAGCUCUGAAGGGAAAACACACCAACAGGCUUUCCUUGAGGUUUGUGGAUCCAGACCUGGAGGUUCGUUUCUCUGUUGAGAAGGAGAAGCAGAGUGGUGCUGCCUUCUGUUGCUCUUGUGCUGUCCUUCUCUUUACUACAGUGAUGGAGGCACUUAUAGAUCCCAGGCUAAUUAUAAACUACAUCACAUUCGCAGUGGGAGAAACUUUGCUGCUUAUCCUGACAAUCUGCUCUCUUGCUGCCAUCUUUCCUGGAGUCUUUCCCAAAAAGUUGGUGUAUUUCUCAACCUGGAUUGACCACACCCGUUGGGCUAGAAACACCUGGGCCAUGGCAGCUAUUUUCAUCUUAACCAUGGCAGACCUUCUAGAUAUGCUCAGUUGUGCAGCUCGUGUCCCAGAUUCAGGCAGCACCACAGUGGCUCCAUUUUUGUCCACAUCUUCACAGUCCAGCCUUGGAGGGUGCCUGAACAAUCCUAAAUAUUACAGCUUUAUUGCUGUGCUUGCGCUAAUCGCCACCACCAUGCUUGUUCAGGUCAGUCACAUGGUGAAGCUUACACUGAUGCUACUCAUAACAGCAACAACUGGCAUCGUUAACAUCUACAGUUGGAAAGACAUCUUUGACCACUACGACAUUGUCCGCUUCCAAGAAUACAGCUCGGGCAUGGUUCCCUCCAAGUUCACAAUGACAGUUAUGAUCUUCAUGAUGAUGGUCAGCUUCUAUUACUUCUCCAGACAUGUGGAGAAACUUGCUCGCACUCUUUUCUUGUGGAAGAUAGAAGUCCAUGAACAGAAGGAAAAAGUAUAUGAAAUGAGGCGCUGGAAUGAAGCACUAGUAACAAACAUGCUACCUGAACAUGUGGCUCGACAUUUCCUGGGUUCCAAGAAAAGGGAUGAGGAAUUGUACAGCCAGUCAUACGAUGAGAUUGGUGUUAUGUUUGCUUCGAUUCCCAACUUCUCUGACUUUUACACAGAAGAGAGCAUCAAUAAUGGUGGCAUUGAAUGCCUACGGUUUCUCAACGAGAUCAUCUCAGACUUUGAUAGUCUGCUGGAUGAGCCUAAAUUCCGCUACAUAACAAAAAUCAAGACCAUUGGGAGCACCUAUAUGGCAGCAUCAGGUGUCACCUCUGAUGUCAACGAUGGUUACAUUUGCAUGAAGAAGGAAGAGCAGUCUGACAGAGAGCGCUGGCAGCACCUUGCAGACUUGGCUGAUUUUGCUCUGGCCAUGAAAGUGACACUAAUGAAUAUCAACUACCAGUCUUUCAACAACUUUAUGCUACGCAUUGGCUUGAACAAAGGAGGAGUGCUAGCUGGUGUCAUUGGUGCCCGGAAACCCCACUAUGACAUCUGGGGAAACACUGUGAAUGUGGCGAGUCGUAUGGAGUCCACAGGGGUGAUGGGAAACAUCCAGGUAGUGGAGGACUGCUACAAUAUUUUGAAGGAGUAUGGCUUCCGCUUUGUGAGAAGAGGACCUAUCUUUGUGAAGGGAAAGGGGGAAUUGCUCACCUAUUUUCUUAAAGGAAAAGAUAAACAAGGCUCCUUUAUUAAUGGUUCAUCUGUCACUUUGCCACACCAAGUGGUAGACAGUUAAAGUCCUCAUGUUUUUAGACAAACACUUUCUGUUCCAUCCCUUUGUGCAGUGUCAGCCCUCUGUCCAAGGUAAAUUUCUCCCAAGGGAGAGAAAUAAAGAGACGUUAACAUGACUUUUAAAAGCCACAUCUAUAGUUUUUUGAAUGCUACAACAGGAAAGGGAGAAACCAUUUGGUUACAAAGAUGUAUUUAAAAGGUGUUGAAGGCCGUGAUUUAAAGAUGUUUACAAAUAAUGUCUGCAACUCAUUAUUUGAAUUCAUUUUGCUUUUAAUUUUGAAAAGUUAAAAAGAUUGAUGUCCACAUAGUCCACGUUUUAUGCAAAUUUCAAGUUGACUUACAUUAUUCACAACAAUAUUGAAUACGAAAGGCAGUUAGUCAUACCAUGCAUAGUUUAAACUGCACAUUCAAAUGCUGUUUAAAAAGACAACUUAUUUUUAUUGUUGGAAUCAGUUAUGAUUAGAGAAGUAUUAACGCUGCAGGAGCAUAUGGUAUGCCCAGAUUUUUCUAGGAUCAGAUUUUAAAAAUAGGCUCAUCACCUGAAAUUUAUGCCAAUACAAAAAUGUUUUGAACUGUUUGCCAACUUGUAUUUGGUGCUCGUCUUUAAAGCACUGAACAUGUUUAAACAUCGUGCAUAAGGACUGGAACAGAGUUUUUUCUUAUACAUUGCUCAUGUCAAUGAUGAGCUGUAAGCCCUGCUCCUUUGAACAAGAUCUUUUUCCCUAUUACAAUACCACUAAUGACUUGCCCUCCCCACACUGAAGAUUGUACACCUCCAGAUGUGUGAAUGUUUAGCCUGUAUGUUGGCGCAUUAGUUAUAGAGUGCAUCCUGGCUUUAUUCUCUCAAGCCCUCUCAAGAAAAAUAGUGGUCACCAUGCUGAAAAGGUGUCUUUGAGGAACCCAGCCAAUAAACCUGCAUCAGUUACACCACUGAUGUCAAGAAAAGUCUCCAAAUGUUCCAGCAAACUAUUGUGCUGCCAAAUUCACCACAAGAUAAGGUAAGAGUAUAUGAAUCAAGCAGUACCUGUCACAGCUCUUGGUGCAGGAUCACUUUGGUUUUAGUGUUGAAUUCAGUUAUAGCUCAAAGAUGCUGCACUAAUCCAUUUCUGUGAGUCACUUUGUUCUGGUGGACAAGCAAGUACACUUAUUCAUACUUUUCCUGUUAUAGUUGAACAGCUUUAUUACACUCAGAGAUAUAAAGUUGUCACUACAGCCUCUUAGGGUGAUAAUGUGUGCCAUCUACUUAGUAGAGAAGAUAAAAGGAACCAAACAAGGUAAAAUGUCGUUUUUCAACUUCUGCUCAUGUUCUGACAUGUAGUUUUCUUCAUCCAUACCUUUGACACUAUACUCUGACUUGGACUUUGGCAGAAUCAGGUGGAAUAGUACAGAUGACGACAUUUACAACACAUGAUUUCUAAUCAGGUAGAUAGUAAGGUAUGAAUAAGGCCUUACUCUGAUAUAGCAGUUAUGUGCUUCAGGCUGCCCAGGCAAACUGCUUUGUUAAAUGGUAAAUAGCCUGUACUUGUAUGGUGCUUUGAGUCAAGAGGACCCCAAAGUGCUUCACACUACAUUCAGUCACUCACGCAUUCACACACUGACGGUGGUAAGCUACAUUUGUUGCCACAGCUGCACUGGGGGCAGACUGACAAAAGUGAGGCUGCUAUACAACGUGCCCUAUGACCACCAUCAAGGCAAAGCAGGUGAGGUGUCUUACCCAAGGACACAAUGACUGAGACGGUUGGAGCGGGGGUUGAACCAGCAAUCCGCCAGUUACAGGACAAACUCCCUAGCACCUGCGCCGCUGUUGCCACACAGAUUAAUCAAAGUCUGUAUUCAGUCUUGUUUUUCCUCUAAUAAAUGGUCCAUAAUUAUUCUGAAUCGCGUCCUUUUAUAUUUGUAGUCAUUUACAGAUUGUGUUUUGACCAGGUCAUCAACAGCACAUGAGCACAAUAGUGGACUAUACUGUUAUGGAAAUAUAUAAUAAUUUUUCGUGUAUUUUUUAAAGCAGUAAAAGUUACCUAAAUUCUCAUCAUUAGAUCACAAUUUAGCUUUUUCAUUCAAGCUUUUGUACAUACCAGGCACAAAGAAGCACGGGAGGUUUUAUGGGGGACCUUUCAAAAUGGUACACGGUUUGAAAGCUUUUUUUUGGUUCUUAAUGUUUAUUUCGGUUAACUCCUAAGAAAACACCUGGGCUACUAGUUAAAAGUUAGUUCCUGAAGUUGGCAUGGGAGAACGGGCCUGCGCCUGGAGAUUGAAUGUCUGCAGAGACUUUACCCCUCCUCGGACAUUUCGGGAGGGGCCACUCAGUCUAAUUAAAAUUAGGCUCCUGGGCUGCAUCGAGCAGACAAUAGCUUACAAACGCUUGGAACAGACUUCGGGUUAUAUUACAUGAGCUGUAAGAUUACGUUGUGUUGUCUCCCUUUUUAAUUCCAGUUGUAAUAAAUAUGAGUAUAUUUUAAGUG